UUCUGCGAGGCGCGAGCCUGCUGUCCGGCCCAGCUCAUUCUCAUGGAGCGCUUCACGCCUCUCAGUGGAACAUGAACAUUCACAUCACACACACUUCACACACGCGCGCAUCCCACAAGCACACACACACACACACACACACACACACUUUACUCACACACUUCACUCACAGUAGCUCUGCUCUGAACAACUUUUCUGCCUGCGUUUGGGAUUUUUAUAUACACACUGUCACAGUGCCUGAGCCCAGAUCAACAUGAGUAACAUCUACGAGUCAGCAGCCACCACUUUGGGCCUCUUCAACAGCCCAUGCCUGACCAAAGUGGAGCUGCGUGUGGCCUGUAAAGGGAUCGCGGACCGAGACGCUCUGUCCAAACCCGACCCCUGUGUGGUGCUGAAGAUGCAGUCGCAUGGACAGUGGUUUGAGGUGGAUCGGACCGAGGUGAUCCGCAGCAGUAUCUGCCCCGUGUUCUCCAAAGUCUUUACGGUAGACUACUAUUUUGAGGAGGUGCAGCGUCUGCGCUUUGAGCUCCAUUACAUCAGCAGCAACCAUAACGGACUUAAGGAGGCGGAUUUCCUGGGAGCCAUGGAGUGUACACUUGGGCAGAUUGUGUCUCAGAGAAAACUCUCCAAAGCGUUACUGAAGCAGGGCAACACAGCGGGCAAGUCUUCUAUAACGGUGACAGCAGAGGAGUUAUCUGGGAACGAUGAUUACGUCGAGCUCGCCUUCAGUGCCAAGAAGCUGGACGACAAGGACUUUUUUAGCAAAUCAGAUCCAUUUCUAGAAAUCUUUAGAGUGAACGAUGACGGUACUGGAUCCCUUGUGCACAGAACCGAGACCAUCAUGAAUAAUCUCAGUCCGGUGUGGAAAUCGUUCAAAGUUUCUCUGAACACUCUCUGCAGUGGUGAUCACGAGCGAGAGCUGAAGUGUACUGUUUGGGACUGGGAUUCGAAUGGAAAGCAUGACUUUAUUGGAGAAUUCCAGACUACCUUUAAAGAGUUGAAGACCGCUAUGGAUGGAAAACUGAUUCAGUGGGAAUGCAUCAAUCCCAAGUACCAGGUGAAAAAGAAGAAUUACCGAAACUCGGGCAUGGUGAUCCUGACUCAGUGUAAGAUAAUAAAAAUGCACUCGUUUCUGGAUUAUAUCAUGGGAGGAUGUCAGAUCCAGUUCACAGUGGCGAUUGAUUUCACUGCCUCAAAUGGUGACCCACGGAACAGCUGUUCCCUCCACUACAUCCACCCCUACCAGCCCAAUGAGUACCUCAAGGCCCUGGUGGCAGUCGGUGAGAUCUGCCAGGACUACGACAGCGAUAAAAUGUUUCCGGCGUUCGGCUUCGGAGCGCAGAUCCCACCUGACUUCAAAGUCUCCCAUGAUUUUGCUGUGAACUUUGAUGAGGACAACCCUGAGUGUGCUGGUAUUCAAGGUGUUGUGGAAGCUUAUCAAAACUGCCUGCCUAAGAUCCAGCUGUAUGGCCCCACUAACAUCGCGCCGAUCAUCCAGAAAGUUGCCAACUCUGCUUCCGAGGAGAUGCACACCAAGGAGGCCAUGGAGUAUUUCAUUCUGCUGAUCCUGACCGACGGGGUUAUAACCGACAUGGCAGACACGCGCGAGGCCAUAGUCCACGCCUCCCACCUCCCCAUGUCCGUGAUCAUAGUGGGGAUUGGCAGCGCGGACUUCAGCGACAUGCAGAUGCUGGACGGCGAUGACGGCAUCCUGCGCUCACCCAAAGGAGAACCCGUCCUCCGUGACAUCGUCCAGUUCGUGCCCUUCCGGAACUUCAAACACGCUUCUCCUGCGGCGCUGGCGAAGAGCGUGCUGGCCGAGGUGCCCAAUCAGGUGGUGGAUUAUUACAACAGCAAAGGCAUCAAACCCAAAUGUAUGUCCGACUUCGAGUCUUCCAGAGCGUUCAGUCCCUGAAGCACAUCGACCUCACCGGGAGACGAGGAACACACACACACACACACACACACACACACACACACACACACACACACACAUACACACAUAUACUCACUUACCACUCAGUAUCAUCAAUAUUAUUAUUAUUAUUAUUAUUAUUAUUAUUGUUAUUAUUGUUAUUAUUGUUAUCCAAUUCUCCCUUUUCUUCAUUCUUCUUCUGCAUCUUCUGGUGAAGAUGUUGGGUAGAAAAUGGUGAAAUUUGGUUCACUGAUGGUGGAGGGUCUUAGAAACAUUCCCUCCAAAUCCUGCUUGUGUCCAACCAAUGCUUAAGCGCCACCAACAGGUCAAUUUGCACCUAAUAUGGAAAAAUAGUUGUAUAUUUUUAUAGCUUGUGUUUGACAUUUAAAAGCCAGACUGGAAGUGUUGCUGGAAUCUCUGGAUAAACCUGAUUGGAUGGAUGUUGCAUAUUUUCUGCACUGAACUCACACGCACACGUCAUCUUCUGUCCAACCUGGACUAGAUUCAUCAGAUAAAUUUUACAAAUCUGACAGUGAAUCCUGCAAACAGGAAGUAAGGCUUUAUUUCAGAAACAACUUUUGCACACUGAUGCAUAACUUGGUGGACGUCUUCAGGACCACGAUAGGACGACGUUUUAGUGCUUUUUUAUUUUAGGUAAAAAAAAAUUGACGACUACGAGAUUAACUAACAAGAAUGAAGUCGCUGAAUUUCUGCUAAAUCCUAACCUAAACAAGCAUUUAACCAAAUUCCACCCAGUGGAACAGCGAAGCGUUUCUCGCAAUUUUGUGAUUUUUCUCAGAAUAACACUAUUCUCACACUGCUACGAAUUUAUUCGCAUAAUAUUUUUACUUUAUUCUCGUAAUUUUGGCUUUAUUUUUAUUAUUUUAUUUAUUUACUUUAAUCUCGUAAUAUAUAAGAUUAUUAUUAUUCAUUUUUUUUUACAAUUUUUAACGUAGCACUAAAACACAGUCAUACCAUGACCUGAAGCUACACAAGUUUUUUUGCCAGCGCCACCUUCUGGUCAACAGUAAUAAUAAAGCGCAAAAAAGUUUUUACAUCAUUUUGCCUUGUUUUGAUCUAGAUUUUUGCAGUCAGAGUAUUCCACCACUGUCCAUGAUCUGGACAUACACAUCAUGAGUCAAGCCAUUUCAUCUCCUGUAAUUGAUUUGAGUGACACCGUGUAGAACUCCUUUGCUGUAGAGGCUACAGUGCAAUUCUCGGUCAGGAUUAACAUUCCACGUGACAAAAACCAUCAGGAACUGAAAGGCUACACAGUCCGAGAGAACCUGAGAUUUCCUGCCACACCCUGAGGUUCUGUUUAGGACUUCGGUUGUGUUAUUACCGUUGUGUUAUUACCUAAAAAGAAUAGGUGUACAGUAUGUAGAGGUUAUUACAAGCACUCCUAAUCAGUAGUCCAAUACAGCUUUGAAAAUCGAUCCUUACUCUAGAUAACUUCUGUUCUUUUCUACAUGAUUGUUGACAUUUUGUUCGUGCAAUUUCUAAACAAUUUGUAACGAGAACGUUUCCGCGGAAGUUUGGAGAAAGUAGCUGAGAACGCAGUAGAUCACUUUUCCACUCUAACCUUCUUUUGUAUGUAUAUAUAUGUGUGUGUGUGUGUGUGUGUGUGUGUGUGUGUGUGUGUGUGUGUGUGUGUGGCUGUGUGUGUGCUCCUGUGUAUACUUACUACAGAUACUACAUUGUAUAU